AUGUUUUCAGAGGCCAGCAAAGUAAUAAUGCAAUAUGUAGCCCAGGUGUCAGGUAAAGGGGUUGACAUUGACCAUGUCAAGGAACAGUUACUCUUGUCUAACCCAGUUCUGGAAGCUUUUGGUAAUGCUAAGACGGCCAGGAAUGAUAAUUCUUCCAGAUUUGGGAAAUAUAUGGACAUAGAAUUUGAUUUCAAAGGUGACCCAAUUGGUGGGGUCAUAACAAAUUAUUUACUUGAAAAGUCACGAGUGGCAGCCCAAAGUCAAGGAGAAAGAAACUUUCAUAUUUUCUACCAGUUGCUUAGUGCUGAUGAUACUAGUUUUUUAAAAUCUUUAAAAAUUUCUAGAAAUGCUGAGAAUUACAAUUUUCUGAAGACCAGUGGCUGUGUCCGGGUUGGAACCAUCGAUGAUAAGGAGAACUUCUAUGCUGUCAAGAAUGGAAUGGAAGUAAUUGGUUUCCAAAUCCAGGAAAUCUUUGCCGUGUUUCAAUUAGUUUCCAGUGUUUUAAAGUUGGGAAAUUUAGAGUUUCACCAUCGAAGUAACGUAGAUGGCACCAAUGGUUGUGUCUUAGUGAAUGAGUAUGAGGCCCAGGAGAUUGCCGAGUUGUUAGGUUGCUCCUAUGAAGAGUUGAAGACUGCCUUAACCCAACGCACUGUCGAGGCCCGUGGAGAGAAGUUAAAAACUGACUUAAGUACAGCUGAUUCCGCCUAUGCCAGAGAUGCUUUAUCAAAAGCCAUUUAUAGUCGAAUGUUUUCAUGGUUGGUGCAGAGAAUCAACGAUGGUAUAAGGGUGAAGAAAAAAAACAAAACAAAAGUGAUGGGUGUGUUAGACAUAUAUGGUUUUGAAGUUUUUGAGAACAAUAGUUUUGAACAGUUUAUCAUUAAUUACUGUAAUGAGAAAUUACAACAAAUUUUUAUUGAAUUAACCUUAAAAGAAGAACAAGAAGAAUAUGUGAAGGAGGGAAUUGAAUGGAUCCACGUGGAUUAUUUCAACAAUGCUGUGAUAUGUGAAUUAAUUGAAAAGAACAAUGUAGGAGUUUUAGCGAUGCUUGAUGAAGAGUGCCUUCGACCAGGAACCGUCACAGAUUUAACAUUCCUUGCAAAACUUGACUCCAUUUGUUCAGAACAUCCUCAUUACGAAAGUCGCGGCUGUAAAAAAAGCAUGUCUGACAGAACGUUGCCUCAUGAAUCUUUUCGCCUCAAACAUUACGCAGGCGCAGUAACCUACAGGGUUGAAGGGUUUGUUGAUAAAAACAACGACCUUUUGUUCCGUGAUUUGUCUCAAGCCAUGUACAGAUGUAAACAUCCUUUACUAAAAGACUUAUUCCCAGAAGGAAAUCCCGCUCGCCCAUCUUUAAAACGUCCAGCCACUGCCGGCUCGCAAUUCAAAGUAUCUGUGGCAGAACUUAUGAAGAACUUAUCUUCCAAGAACCCCAAUUAUAUCCGGUGUAUCAAGCCCAAUGAUUUCAAGAAACCUAUAGCAUUUGAUGAAGAUCUAGUCCGGCAUCAGGUUCGCUACUUAGGGCUAAUGGAGAAUGUUCAGGUGAGACGUGCUGGAUAUGCAUUUCGACAGAGCUAUGGUCAUUUCUUAUAUCGUUACAAGAUGUUAUCACCUUUGACCUGGCCACAUUGGGAUGGACCCGUACAACAAGGGGUCAAGGUUCUCAUGGACAAUAUGGGAUUUACAAAUACUCAUUAUGCUUUUGGAAAGACAAAAGUCUUCAUUAGGAAACCAAAAACGUUAUUUGAAAUGGAAGAGAGACGUCGCGGUCAAAUGCAUUAUUUAGCCAUGUCAAUACAGAAAGUGUGGAGAGGCUGGCAGCAGUGGUCCUUGUACCAGAAAAUGAAAUACAGUCAAAUCAUAAUUUCGUGUAGAUUUCGUGGGUACUGGGCACAGAAAUGCUAUCAGCUGAUAAGGACUGCUACCAUAAUCAUUCAGUCGUAUUUCCGAGGCUAUAAGGCGAGACUACUUUUAAUGCAACUCAGACAUCACAAGCGUGUACUUUGGGCCGUCGCUGUAAUACGGAAGUUCUACAAAGGAUGGAAAGUUCGACGUGAAUAUAGAAAUAAAUUCAAAGCUAUUGCUGGUCCAAAAAUAAUUCUUUUCUUUCAAGUGGCUUUAAGGAAAAAAUUCCUGCUCACUCUGCGAGGCCGUUUACCAUCAAUGUCACCAAUAUCAGAAGAAUGGCCGAAAUGUUCAAACAUGUUUAAACCAGUUUCAGAAGAAUUGAGGAAGAUCUUUCAUCGAUGGCGGUGUCGAAAAUAUCGAGAAAAAUUAGACGUGAUGACCCAGAAUAAAAUGAAAGAAAAAGUUAUUGCAGGUGACAUAUUUAAAGGCAGAAAGGUCACUUACCCACCAAGUGUGCCGCACCCCUUUAAAGGGGACUACUUAAACCUCCGCAGUCAUAUGAAAUGGAAGAAGAUGUACGACCAUACGAAUGACCAGAACUUAAUCUUUGCCGAUAUGGUACUGAAAGUGAACCGAGCCAAUGGCAAGAUGAUGCAACAGUUGUUUGUAAUGAGCACUGAGGCCAUCCUGUCGAUUGACCAACGGACCAUGACACUCAAGUACCGCAUCCCUCUAGCACAGAUCGACAAAAUCUCAACAAGCCCCUAUAAUGAUAGGCUUAUGGUUUUCCAUAUAAAAAAGCCUACCGAUGUUUAUCAGGAAAAUGGUGGAAUUCUGAGCAAGAAAGGUGAUUUCAUCUUCUGUGGUGAACAUAUCUUUGAAAUUAUCACCAAGGCCUACAUUUUGAUACAGAAUAUUUCGGGCAAACCUCCUGAUGUUCACAUCUCAAACCAAUUCUCAGCAGAUCUAAAUGGUAAAAAGGUUGAUGUUUGCUUCCGACGAGUACCACAGGAAGUGUUACCCGGGGUCUUAAAAAUCACGCGAAAGGGAAAUCAAUUUGAUGUACUCCAGCAUUGACCAAAACUUCAUUUUAUCCAAACCUUUGGGUCAUGACACGUAUAUCAAAACCAAGUUGUUACAAUUGGAAAUUCCUCUCACAAAAUUCUUAUUUUCGUUUUUACAUUCAAUGAAAUCUUUUAUAGAAUUCCAUUAAGCUUUCUACAGAUUGCCAUAGUGUUUCGAUUUAGUUAGACAAAAUUCUUACCAUUAUUGCAAGGUGUUUCUCUUAAGUCUAAAAAGUAAAACAUCUUAGAAAGUAUGAAAUCUUAAUCUACAAACUGUAAUUAGGUGGAUAUUAUUCAAAGUGUGUGUGUGUGUGUGUGUUCUAUAUUUUACCUAGCUAGCAUGGGUUAGACAAAUAUUUUAGUGAGGCAUUGCUUUAUAUAGCCAGAUGCUUUGUCUGUUACUGACUCUUAUCUGUUUUACAAGUAAGGGUCUCGAAAGAUGUCUUUAAAGAUGCAAAUCAAACAAAGGAUUUCUGGACAGAAAAGGGACAACAACAACAACAACAACACUUGUAGUAUGUGACCUUUGUAGAAUGCUAAUGUAAACACACACACACACAUACAAACAAAUAAGCAUACAUAUACAUGCAUACACACAUAUACAUAUAUACACACACACAUGCAC